CGUUAUGACGACGUACCCCCGUUAACUCCACCGACGGCAACCCCAUUGUCCCAGGAAUACAAUCGUGCCAAGUCCCCACUACUGUUCACCAGUUCCUCUCGUUAUUUUAUGAAUGAAAAGUUGACUCUCACGGUGCAACAUCAAUCAUCAUCAAUUUUUUCGCUUCACCCCCUCGAGACUCACCAAAAUUCCAUUAAAAACUUCAAUUCCGUGCAUGACAUCAUCAUUGUCUUUUUCAUAUUUGUGAAAGUGAUGUGAAGUUUUUAAUGAAUCGAGUGAGGCUAUUAUUCGUGAGUGGCUCAAGUUUUUCAUUAAUACUCAAGAGAACCACCUAUUUUCAUUAAUGUCAGGAAGGAAAUUGUGCACCGAAGAAAAAUAAGUGGAGAUAAAAAAGUCAGCCGGAAUAAGCCGAUAAAUUUUUGGUGGUGCAGAGAGGCCAACGUGAAUAAAUCUCAAAGGACAGGUUUAACGGAGAAAAGGGGAUAAAAAAGAAAUAGCCGGAAUGUACAAGAACCGGUGAAAACGUUGAGGUGAAUUAACUUGGCUCGAGUGAAGUGAAAAUCCACCAGCGAAACCUGGUGGGUUUGGAAACAUUAAAAAAACAGAAGAGACGAAAGAAAAAUGGGAAAGAAAAACAGCAAGCUCAAGCAGGACACUAUUGAUCGUCUGACCACAGACACCUAUUUCACGGAGAAGGAAAUCCGACAGUGGCAUAAAGGAUUCCUCAAGGACUGUCCCGAUGGUCUUCUCACUGAACAGGGAUUUAUCAAGAUCUACAAGCAGUUCUUUCCACAAGGCGAUCCAUCCAAGUUCGCUUCUCUGGUUUUUAGAGUUUUCGAUGAGAACAAUGACGGUACGAUAGAAUUUGAGGAGUUCAUCAGAGCCUUGUCAGUAACGUCAAGAGGAAAUCUAGAUGAAAAAUUGCACUGGGCAUUUCGACUGUAUGAUGUUGAUAACGAUGGGUUUAUCACGCGAGAAGAAAUGUACAACAUCGUCGACGCGAUAUAUCAGAUGGUGGGCCAGCAGCCACAUGCGGAGGAUGAGAAUACGCCGCAGAAGAGGGUAGACAAGAUAUUCGAUCAGAUGGAUAAAAACCACGACGACAGGCUGACACUCGAUGAAUUCCGCGAGGGAAGUAAAGCCGAUCCAAGAAUCGUCCAGGCACUGUCCCUCGGUGGAGAGUAACCCAUAUUCAAUCCCUCAAAAAUCCCCCAAAAAAAUUCAAUCCCCUGUAAUUUUAUUUACCCCCCAAAAUAUUUAUCAACGAAUACCUGAACUAUCGAUGCAGAUUAUUAUCUGUAAUAACUAUUUGCCAUCACAAGAUAAAUGUCAACAUCUCAAUUUUGUAGAUGGACUGAUAUGAAAUUAUGUGAAGAACUAAAUUCCCAUUGGUAUAAAUCCGACGAAGUGCGAAUAGGAGAAGUGCCCUUUGUGGAUGGCAACUGGAAGAAAGCCAACUCGGGAAUUUAGGGAUGGAAAAGGGGCAGAUAUUGGUCGAUCGAAUGCCGACACUACUUUCGGGUUAACCCGGCACGUAUUUGCCGGUGUUUGUAAAAUCCCCGCGUAGAUUCGUCGAGCGAGACAAGAAAAGUAAAAAAAAAAUCUACA